GACCUAACCGGUCAGUGAGCAAUCUGUUGUGGAAGUGGGAAGGUCUUGUUUGACAUCAAAAUGUUACGGUACUGUGUAUCACUUUUCAAAUGAAUGAGGCGACGAACUUCGGGAACCCACGGUGAUCUAAAAAGGAAACGCGCGGACGUAGCUAGUUUUACUGAUGAUUUUUCAGGUGUUAGAUUGACAAUAUGCUGUAGGAAGUGUCCGUGUGUGCAGUGAAAUAGGAGGUGAAAAGAAAAAGCACGCAAAAUGGCGGAUCUGGAGGCAGUGCUCGCGGACGUGAGCUAUUUGAUGGCUAUGGAAAAGAGCAAAUGCACGCCAGCAGCCCGAGCCAGUAAGAAAAUAAUCCUUCCCGAUCCAAGCGUGCGGAGCGUGAUGCACAAGUACUUGGAGAAGAAGAACGAAGUCAACUUCGACAAAAUCUUCAACCAGAUGCUAGGCUACCUGUUAUUCAAGGAGUUCUGCGAGACGGUAGCGGACGAGCCCAUCCCGCAGCUCAAGUUCUACGAAGAAAUAAAGCAGUUCGAAAAACUGGAAUGCGUGGAGGAGAGAAGAAAGCUCGCCCGUGAAAUUUACGACAAUUUCAUUAUGAAGGAGUUGCUCGCCCACUCGCAUGAUUACUCCAAAGAGGCAGUUGCUCAUGUACAGAAGUAUUUAAUGAAAAACGAGGUUCCUGUUAAUUUAUUUGAGCCAUACAUAGAAGAAAUCUUUAACCAUCUACGAGGUGAACCCUUCAAGAAGUUUUUAGAAAGUGAUAAGUACACCCGUUUUUGCCAGUGGAAGAACCUAGAGUUAAAUAUUCAGUUAACAAUGAAUGACUUCAGUGUCCAUCGGAUAAUUGGAAGAGGUGGAUUUGGUGAAGUUUACGGGUGUCGAAAAGCAGAUACAGGAAAAAUGUAUGCAAUGAAAUGCCUGGAUAAGAAACGAAUAAAAAUGAAGCAGGGAGAAACUUUAGCUCUUAAUGAGCGAAUAAUGUUGUCUCUAGUCAGUACAGGAGUAGACUGCCCUUUUAUUGUAUGUAUGACAUACGCAUUUCACACGCCUGAUAAACUGUGUUUCAUCUUAGACCUCAUGAAUGGAGGAGAUUUGCAUUAUCACUUAUCCCAGCAUGGAGUUUUUAAUGAGCAUGAAAUGAAAUUCUAUGCUGCUGAAGUUAUUUUAGGUUUAGAACAUAUGCAUAGACGUUUUAUAGUAUAUCGUGACCUAAAGCCAGCGAACAUCCUUUUGGAUGAACAUGGGCAUGUACGAAUAUCGGAUCUUGGUCUAGCAUGCGACUUCUCGAAGAAGAAACCUCAUGCAAGUGUUGGGACUCAUGGUUACAUGGCUCCAGAAGUUCUCUCAAAAGGAACUGCCUAUGAUUCCAGUGCAGACUGGUUUUCUUUUGGCUGCAUGCUGUACAAACUACUCAAAGGACACAGUCCAUUCAGGCAACACAAAACAAAAGACAAACAUGAAAUUGACAGAAUGACGUUAACCAUGAAUGUAGAGCUUCCAGAAUCCUUUUCGAAGGAACUACGGUCUCUCCUGGAAGGACUGCUGCAACGUGACAUAGACAAGAGACUGGGCUGCAAAGGAAAUGGAGCUGAUGAAGUGAAAGAACAUCCCUUCUUUGCUGGCCUGGACUGGCAGCAGGUGUACCUGCAGAAGUAUACACCACCACUCAUCCCUCCAAGGGGUGAGGUGAAUGCAGCUGAUGCUUUUGAUAUUGGCUCCUUUGAUGAAGAGGAUACAAAAGGAAUAAAGCUCACGGAGGCAGACCAGGAUCUCUACAAAAACUUUCCUUUAGUAAUCUCAGAACGAUGGCAAGCUGAAGUUGCAGAAACAGUUUUUGAGACAAUCAAUGCUGAAGCAGAUAAGAUGGAACAGAAAAAGAAAGCCAAACAAAAACUUAAGUUUGACACUGAUGAAAAAGAAUCUGACUGCAUUCUGCAUGGAUACAUAAAGAAACUGGGAGGACCUUUUGCAUCAGCAUGGCAAACUCGUUAUGCCAAACUCUAUCCAAAUAGGUUGGAGCUUCAUCCAGAGUCUGGAAGUACAAAGCCUGAGCUUGUUUUUAUGGAUCAAAUAGAAGAUGUUAGUGCUGACUUAGUUCAUGUGAAAAAUGAACAGUGUAUUGUGGUACGGACUAGAGAUGGAAAAAUUGUCCUCACUAAUCCGGAUGAAAUUGGAUUAAAGGAGUGGGCCUUGUCACUGAGGUCGGCGCAUAAAUGUUCUCUGGAGCUGCUUGGCAGCAUGGCAAAGAAAGCAGGGAAAAUAUAUGGAACAGAAAGGGAUGCAAACAACAAAAAUCCCUUCAUAGCAACAAGAAACACCAAUGGAAAUUGAGGAGAAAUCUUCGGAUAGUGUUUUUUAUUCAGUCGUCUCAUCUUGCCAGAAUGUGCAUUGUUUGGCUAUAAUUAGGUCAUGGUAACUCAGUGACAUACACCAAGAUUGCAGGCAAGGAGUAACUUGAUGGUAUUUGUACAAAAACCUCUUAAUUUUUUGCUAUAUUUAAAUGCCAAACCUUCCCUUAUCCUAUUACGGAUAUGUGAUAGACGAGUAGGCCUCUUGUAAAUAAAUGUGUAUGAAAGUUUUUUUAUUUAAGUGAAAGAUAAUCAGAGGAAUAGUACUGUCAGAGUGUUAGAUGACAACUACGAUAGCCAGCAAAAUUAAUAUAAUUUUAUGCAACCAGUCAUCAUAACGUAAAAUGCAGGACAUUAUUCCUUCACAUCUGUGUGUGGUCAUCCAUUUUUAGAUGAAGUUCUGUGAAUUUCAGUGGUAUGAGUGUUUAGAAGACAUUGAAAUACCAAGAAGCAGAGACUUAUCAUCCCCUGUAGUGGAUCGAGAGAACACUGUGAAGUGUGUGUGAGAGCAUGUUUCCUUGUGUGUACAAGUGUAGAUACUUUUUUAUUUUAAUUUUGCCUUUUCCUUCCCUGAGAACAUGUAUUGAUUGUUGGAAAUUAAUUUGCCAGUAUUUAUGUUAAUGCUGGUAUUUUAUGUAUGAGACAUUUACAUACUGUACAUAUAAUAAGAAACAAACAGUAUUUUCACACAACAGUGCAAAAUGUCUUCUCAUAAGUACUUUAAAAUAUUUUUUGUUACACAUCAUUAUUUAUUUUGAAACAACAUAUUAUGUGACAGACUAUUAGCAAACUUUUAAGACAUGCAGUGUGGAAUAUUAUCCAUAUUUCAGUUACGGUGUUAUUACUUCUAGACUUGUGAAUCUUUUUUUUUUUCCAAACAACUACAUAAAAUGCUGCUCACUGAACUCCUCUCUUAACACAGUCCAAGUUAAGUUGUACGUGGUUGUUCCUGAGUUACAGUUUGUAAUUUCUCAUUUUACAUGCUGAAGAUGUAAAACAUUGCUCAGAGUAAACUGUGACCGCUAUUUCACGAUAUAAAAAAAUUGCAUUUUAUUUUGGUUAACUUUUAUAUUAACUUAGUUCAUGAAUUUUUGUAAUGAUUCCUGCUGUUAAAUUUCAUGGCAAGUGACUACUGAGAAUGGAUAUACCACAGUAAGAUUCUUAAUGAUAAUCAAUUUAUGUUCACAAUACAUGUUUUACUGUUCAGUAAUUCUUGCAUUUAAGAACUCAGGGUUUGACUGGAUUACACAUUUGAAGAUACUGUAUGCAACAGAAUUAUACAUGUAAUAACAUUAGUAAUUGUCCAGUGUGAGCUAUAAAUCCUGAAAUACAUUUUCAUUUUUAUCAAUUUUCACUGAAACAGUAGCAGUUAUUAAAGCCACUCAGAAAUGAAGUGCUUCUGGAAGAUUUGGUAGUUCAAUCAUCUCUUCACUUAAUUUAGACUAAUUAAUGCUCCAGUCAAAACAGCAAACACGUGUAGUGCUAUCUGUUAACUUAUUUAUGAAAAGAGUCAUUUCCUGUUAAUAAGAAAUGGCGACCUGUUCUCUGGCUGAAAUUGUACUCAGUGCACAAAAUGGAUAAAAAAAGACAAUUCAGAACAUUAAAAAUGUUACCACAAGAACUUACUUGGUUUCAAUUUUAUUAAAAAUAAGUUGUUCUUCAAGUCUUUCAUUUUGUGAGUCACAGAUAAAUCCCAUUCUUCAGUUGUUCCCUCAAAGAUGUUAAUAUAACAUGUACCCAACAGCAUUGUUACUGAAAAUCCAGCACAGGGGAAGUUCCAAAUGUUGUACAUUACUACCACAAACCUGUUCUAAUAUAACUGAAAUGAGCUGUGUGCAAACAUUGCAAACUCCAAUCUCCUAGAAUUGCUUUCAGAUGUCUGUUGGAUAGAAUUUUUUGACAUUUGCAAUGCACAGUAAUUAAUGUUCUGUGGCCUAAUAUGUAUCAAUUGUGAUUUUUUAUACUUAAUUGUAAAAAAAGCUGCAAAUGGCCUCAAAUAUGACAGACAGUGUAAGAUACCAGAAAAAAGAUACAACAAAGACAAGACCUGUCCAGUGACAAAUUACACACUGAAAUAAGAAUGACAGAAUUGUCUUUGUGAUUCACUUAAAGUAUCCCAUCUCUUGAACACAGAUAUGUUUUGAAAUGCUAAUGAAUGUAACUUACAGUGGUUUAUUGAAUUCCUUCUACUAGAGUACAUGAAAUACAGAGGUCCAGAGCUGUUUGAUUUUUCACCACUUUUCCACAUUUGUCUCUGUAUAGAUCUUUGAAACUAAAGGAUUCAUACUCACAAGGAGGUCAUCUGAGCUGUUAAUUACGGAUUUUGGUGAGUUUUGGGUAUAUUGUUGAGGGGUCUUCCUAAGUACCUGUCUAGCAGCUUUUUGUAUGUGAGAAAAUCAGCGUUGAAAUUUUAUGCAUAGGGAGAUGAGCUAUAACGAGGAGUUGGGUCUUACUAAAAAUUGCUCAGGAGGGAGACAAAGAUAAAUAUAAGCAGUGAGAAAGAACUCUCUUGCUGCCCCAUGGAAUUUUCCCUGAGCACAGUACUUCCACAUCUUUUCCUUACAUUCCCAGCAUGGCCUUUUUCUCAUACUAAAGGAACCAUUGAUCUGAAAAAUUGAGAUUACUAGUAGUUAUAUUUUUCUUUUUCUUUUGGUAUAGUUCCAGUUGUUAAAGUUUUAGUGACUAAUAAAUAUGCUCUUUUGUAGUGUUUCACAUAAUUUUAUCUUGUUCUUGACAUUUUAAGCAGACCAACUGUAAUUUGUUUUACUCCUACAGCCAAACUGCAUGUUAAGCUGACUUCCCUCACCAGUUGAAACUGAUGAGACUGUGUCAAGACAGCAGAGAGUUUUUUCUUGUUAUAGUAGCACUCGGCUAGUGGCAGGCAAGAUAAUUAAUUGUUCAUUGUUGCACCUUUAUUCACUUUCAUUUCCUGUGUAUAGUUUCACUUCAAGAAAUCGCUGAUGGCUCCAUGUGUAGCUAUUUGCUUUCUUUUCAUUUUAAAUUCAUUUAACAUUUCUGUUAUCAGUUCCUGUUUUGCAGUUUACUACUAUAACUAUAUUACGUUGUGUUACACGUAUUUCAAAAUUACUUCCGUCUCACCUUACGCAGUGAUUCUCAUUAUGAAAAUUUUCAUAUUGUGUGUCUGUCAUUGUUUCCUGAAUCCUUGGAACCAAAAAAAUGAAGAUUUUUCCCAAUAUUUCACCUAUCCUGCACUGAGUAUUUUUUUAAGUUUUCUAUGAUCAACUUUCACUUUUUAGUGCUAAGAUUAACUUAUGUAAAACUUUAUUGAAAAUUCAUAUGAAUGAGCUUCUGUGCAUUUCCACCAUAUUUUUACAAAGCAGUUUCAGUUGAUGGAGUGUGUUUUCCAAAAUAGAGAAUCUUUUCCUUUGCAUACAAAUACUUUGGCAAAAAUAUUGACAUUACAAGGGAUAAUACUAAAAAUGGUUUUGAACUUUUAAAUUGUGAACAGAAACGAGUUACAACUCACAUUUUAGCUGUCACUGCAGGGAAUCAAGCUGACACACUGGUUAGGUAUAUGCUUAUCCUUUCUUUCCAACUUGCUAAUCUAUAGAGCUGAAAGAGCAUGUGAUUGUGAUAGUACAUAGAAUAAACAGAAAUGUAGAUGAGUGGUAAUCAGUCCUCCUCAUGGUAAUAUUGAAACAUAAUUUGCAAAAUUCAGCAUAAACUUGAUGAAAAUUAUUCAUAUUCACACCUACUGUUAAGGUGGCCAUCAUUUAAAAAUUGUAAUUGUAAAAUCUUAUACUAUUUUCACUGUAAUUGUAUAGAGCUACAUACAAGAUGAAGACAUCUUUUCAGAACUGAUAUUCUGAUCAUAAUUUUUAAAUCAGUAGCACCGUGUAUUGCCUGUAAGUGAAAGCCAAUUCCAUUUCCUAUCUCUGUGUUUUGUUUCACCUGUAUUUGAAUCCUUGGGACAGAAAAGUGCAUGGUAACAUUGUCAGCUUUCUAUAUCUUUCUAGGGAGUAUGCAAACAAGUUUAAUUACUGAGAGUCAGAACAUUUUAGUUUAUUGACAAUAAUAUUUUUGUGAACUGAUCUUACACAUUCAGUCGUAUAUUAUUUAAACAGAUUAUUACUCAAAGUACCAUCCUGAGAGGAGCUAAGAAAUUAUUUGUCACUUGACAUGAUUAGUAUUAAUGCUAACAAAACAAACUUCUGCUGUAAACAUCUCAAGACCAUUCCUCAUAUCUUGUUUGAGUCUCAUUACUGACCAAUGUAUAUUCCAAACAACUUAUUUAAUAAGAUGUAGUAGGAUUAUUGUGACCAUUAUUUAUUUUGUACAUUUACUGAAUACAAAACUCGUGCUACAUUAGUAUAUCAGUUGGUCAGUAUGGUGAAGUGCACAUUAAGUACUUCUGAUAAACAGGAAAAAUUUGUCAUUGUUCAAUAGUUCUAAGAUGAUGUUGAAUGUACAUAACUUGAACCCUAAUGGAAUGAAGUAGUGUUGUCCACUUGAUUGUUAGAACUCACAUUAUUAAUGAAUUACAGUCGCCUUUCCAGAUUUGUGGAUUUUGCUGUGAAAUUAUUUACAUUUUGAUAUAUUGGUGUUUCUCAUGUUUCCAUAUCUGGAAAGAGCUUGUUAGGAUGGGUUGCAAACCUUUGCAGUCAAUGAUAUGGAGAAUGUGAGUUCUGUUUUAGUUGAAGGGUAUUAAAUAGUUAAAGUCAUAAAACUGAUCUACGUAGUUUCAUUAAUUAUGCAAUUUUUAAUUUUUCUUAUUAAUUAUGUAUAUCCAGUCAUGUAAAAGAAUUUUGUGUGAGAAAUUAUGGGCCACUUAUAUUUAUUCAUAGCACAUUUUGAUACCUUUUAAGUUACUUGCUUGUCAGCUGUAGUCUUGUGAGAGAUAGAGAUGAUAAAUAAUACAUUCAGCAGAAACAAGUUGUAGAAAGCAUGAAAAAUUUAUAUUCAGAUUCCAUAUGUAGUGUGUGCAGUCUUUCUGAAAAAAUUCUGAGGUGUUUAAUGUGUUCUCUUUUCCUUUGUAGAAUGUGUUAAUUUCAGUAACAGUCUGUAGAUACAUUUCAUCUCUGCUUUUGUCCAGAAUCCAGGAAGAGUGAAGAAAACAAAUGUUAUUUACAAUAAUGUACACAACUUAAUUUUGUCACCAAUCAUUUGCAGAGAACUGUGAGAUGCGAAUGACAGUGUCACAACACACCAAUUUUCAUGGUUCUAUUGAAGUAGUGGACAGAGGUAGUAACAAAACUAUAAUUACAUGCAUUAACUAUUGGCUACAAAAAUGUAGUUUGGUGACUAUGCUGUGACCCACUGAGGGAAACACAGAGCAGCAUUUUAUCAUCUUUCAGACAUAAUCUAAAUUCAUUGUAACAUUCCAUUUAAAAUGAUUUGGAUAAAUUUUGUAUCUGAUUGAGUGCUUCAAGUGCAACAAGAAAAAUAUCAUUUAAAAAUAAGAAUAUUUUUGUAAAAUAACAGAAAAUUUGUUCUACGUGAAAGCUUAUUUCAGACACCAUCCUAGAUUAGAGAAUAUAUUAUAUUUGUAUUUAUUUAGCAGAGGGAAAGUAUUUCUCUGUUAAAAAUGUAACAGAUAAGUGAUGUAAUUUAUUUGUGUUGAGUCCAAUACCAAACAGCAAUAAACCAGAAUUUUUACAAGUUUUUUAAUGACAAGUAAUGUGACAGGGUUAUCUAUGUGCAUAUGUCAGCAUGUUUACUCAAGAUCGGCUCUCAUUUAAAUUAUUUUAAAUCAUAAAUUAUUUUAGAUCACUGAACAGGAACUCAUGGAGGUUACCAAAUAAUUUACUACUAUCCUAUCUUAAAAACUUUAUUUCUACCCUUAUUUAUUUUCAUUAAUUCAGUAGUUCAUUUUCUCAAUCUUUAUAUGUUUUAAAGUUAAACCAGUUCGUUACAAGAAUGUCACAAACUUAUAGACAUACAAUAUUCCUAUUGAUCCUUUUGUACUAUGGGUAACUAAGUCAUUAUUUGCAAUUUUUCAUUGAGUUAUUUUGUAUUAUUUGUCAUUGUUAAAUGCCACUUUAUGUCAGACAAUUUUUUCUGACUGUGAUUGCAAAAAUACAAUUCAGGAGAGGUUCAUCAACUUGUCAUGAAUACUCGUUUUCUAUUUUAAAAUGUAUAAUUUAUUAUAAAGACUGCUAUCCAUGUAUUGUAAUCUGUUUAUUUCUGCCAUGCUUGCCUACAUGCCUUCAAAGCAGAAACUGUGACAUUUGUAUUUAUUACUUUUCUAAUGAAUCUUUUUUUAUAUAAUAAUGUUUUGAUAAUUAUCUGUGGUUCAGUAGCUAAUCUUGAAUGGCUGUGCAUUUCCUGUUGUUAUGACAAUUCAGAAAGGUUAAUUGUAGUGGAAACUAUCGUAACAUGGGCUUCAAAUAUUAUUGUCGAAGCUCUUAGUGCUAUUUACCACACCUUUUUUGUAGCAACUGAAAGUUAAGGAAUUGUCAUGUUAUAUGGCAGUGGACAUUUGUGUGUGUGUGUGUGUGUGUGUGUGUGUGUGUGUGUGUGUGUGUGUGUGUGUGUGUGUGUGUGUGUUUGCAAGUACAUUAAAUAAGUGCAUACUGUUUUACUUUGAACUUCAUAAAAAGGAGUACAUGAAGAUGUUCAUGGUAUAGAAGGAAAUGCGUUACAACAAAACUUGUUCUGAAAUAUUUGAACACUAGUUUUCUUUAAACAGCUUGUUUGUAAUAAAAGGUUGAUUCACUUCAGUUGCACAUGAACAUCUUAUUCACUUUUGUGGAGACCCUUCAAUGAGAAAUUAUAUUUAUUAAUUUGCAGAAUAUUUCUUAUUUGUGCAAUUGAAACGGAGAAGGGUAAAUGGGAAAAGUUUACAAACUUUUACAGCUUUUGCUAAUGUUCUCGGACAUUAUUUCUGCUGGUGUACAUAUCUUUCUGAGCAAUAAAAUGUAGUGAUUUUAUUUUUGGCA